GCUCUGCGCGCUCGGUCUGUGUGUGUGCUGCAAGCCUGCUGCGUAAUAUCGAUGAGCUGCUGGACGGACGCAGUCUGGUGCUGAACGUCUGUCGGGACUUUUCCCCCCCAGUCUUUCUGAAAGGUGUCGCGUCUGUAUAAUGUAUCGGCCGAAGACGCGCACCUGAAUGCGAGAAGUGCGUCUCCAGCUCGUAGAGAAGAGGUGAACGCACCUUGCAUCCAGCCAUGGGAGGUCAGAUCUGCAGAAACACCUUCUACGAUUCUCUGAACGGGCAGUUUCCUGAAACAUCUCACCGAUGCCAUCACAAGCCCAAGCGCUGCUUGCCCAUUCGGACGUGUGGAAAUUUGCCCACGUUCCCUCUGCUCUUCCACCCCAGCACCAAGGGAUCGCAGAUAAUCAUGGACAUGUCCCAGAGGACCGUCAAGAGACAGGCCAGCUUCUGUAACGCCAUCACCUUCAGCAACAGGCCUAUCGCUGUAUAUGAGCAAGUUCGACUAAAGAUCACUAGAAAGCAGUGCUGCUGGAGCGGGGCUUUGCGUCUUGGUUUUACCUCCAAAGACCCUUCGAGGAUCAAUCCAGACACCUUGCCCAAGUACGCCUGCCCCGACCUGGUCUCACAGAGCGGCUUUUGGGCAAAAGCCCUGCCGGAGGAGCUCUCCAACGAAGGAAACAUCAUCUCCUUCUGGGUGGAUAAGAAGGGUCGAGUGUUCUACCGAAUCAACGACUCCAGUCCCGUUCUGUUCUUCAGCGGGGUACACGUCGCCGAACCUGUCUGGGCUCUCAUAGACGUGUACGGCCUCACCAGGGGGGUCCAGCUGCUAGAUAGUGAGAUGGUCUCCCUGGACUGCGUUCGUCCUCGUUCCUUUGCUUCCACCCACCGGGCCUCCUCUCAGCGGAACGGUCGUGACCCUCGCCUCUCCAUCAGCCUGUGUGACCUGAGCCUGCAGCAGCAAGAGAUGCAUCUGGAGGAAGACGAUGAGGAAGAAGAGCAGCUACAGCCCUCCAGCUGCCAUGUGCCCCAGAACUCUCAGAACUCACAGCAGUGCUCGCUGCUUCCCAGCCACUUGGACACUGAACUGCACUUUCACACAGUGCGUGGCAUCCAUGUCACUGUUCUGGAUAAGCACACAGUGGCACGGCUAGAUCACCAUGGCGACGAGAGGACCCUGGUGUUCACCAGCCGGCCGAUGCUCUGCUCAGAGACCGUGUUUAUGAAGGUGAAAGCAGGAGUCGCCCGGCCCGGCUCUCUUUCUUACGGCGUGACGUCCUGUGACCCGGCCACCCUAAAGCCCAGCGAUCUCCCAUCCAACCCAGAAUCCCUAGUUGACCGCAAGGAAUUCUGGGCUGUGUGUCGGAUGGGGGUGCCGCUCCUCAGUGGGGAUAUUUUGGGCUUCAUGUUGAAUGCAGAGGGGGAGGUUAUGAUGAGCCAUAAUGGAACUGGUGCAGGGAUGCAGCUGUGUGUCGAUAACUCCAGGCCUCUCUGGAUGUUCUACGGGCUGCACGGCACCAUCACACAACUCAGGAUUUUAGGCUCAUCUCAUCCAGAGCUUCGAGGUCCAUCGGUGCCCAGUUCCCCGUCAUGUACACCUAACACUCCCACAAUGCUCUGCAGUGGCAACUCCGAAUCCAAUCUGAACACGCCAUUCAACAUCCACCUCAGUUCAAGCCUGAACUCCAGUUACCACACACAGUUUUCUUCCUCCACAGGUACAACCCCGGGCUCUCCAUUUUCCAGCCAUCCAGAAUCCCCUUCCUUUCAAUCCUGCUCUGGCUCGUGGAGUGAUGAAUGCACAAUUUGCUACGAAAAUACAGUAGACACUGUCCUCUACGCCUGUGGACACAUGUGUCUCUGCUACGCCUGUGGCCUCAAGCUUAAGAAGAUGGCCAAUGCGUGCUGCCCCAUCUGCAGGAGGACAAUCAAAGAUAUCAUCAAGACCUAUCGAAGCUCAUAGGUUGAUGUGUGACAUUGUCAGGUUAAGCUAAAGACUUUGUUAAAGCCAUGUAAGACUUUGUAAAAACACAACACAAGUGAGAGACCCACUUCUUUGUGUGUGUUUAAUCUGGCUCAGGUACUCUACAGCAGGACUCUAAACUCCAUCAUUAUAACAUUUUUAAUCAUGUCAUACUGAAAGCACAACAUUGGAAGCUCUCUUUGGGUUGGGCAAGAUUAAUCAGAUACCGACAAAGAUUCUCCAAAAACUCUUCAGAAACUCUCAUCUUGACCUAGAGUUGAGCUGAUAUCUUUUUUUUUCUUUUUUUUUUACAAACAAGAUGUAAAAUUGCACAAUGCCAUUUGUAUAUAUUUAAUUUGAUGCUAUCUGUUUCCAUCUAUCUUUGAAACUUAUAACUUCUGCUCAUUGUUUCAAACUUAGCAACUUAGACAUAGACAUAUUUAUCUUUUCUUUUUUUCUUCUUUUUUUUCAAAUAAAGCAAAUAGCACUAAAUUUGAGGUUGGAAAGUCAAUGCCUAAAUUCCACUGUUGCCAAAACUGCCCCACGAAUGCAAACACAUGUUGCUGCAGCCUGGCCGUGAGCUACAUGUGGUAAUUGACAUUCUCUGAGUCAUUUUACACAUGAAUACAGCCAAAACCAAAAUACUGUCUCUUAUAACUUUAUUAGAUGACAUCGUAUAUGUGAAACCACUGACAGCUGGUUAAUGUGUGGUCUUAACUUUUAUUUUUUCAGUUACUAUUUCUGGCUCACUAUGGGAUAACAGAAAAAGUAUGAAUAAGAACAGCAAAUGCUUACCCAGGUUGGCAUAUGGUUGUGUGAAUACUCUUUUUCUUUUGUACUGGUAGCAAUAUUGAAAUAGUAAGCAUUAUAUAUAAUAUAGUGUAUUGGCAUAAAAGGCAUACUUAUUUGGCUGUAUCCUCUAGCCUUACCUUGACCUAAUUUUGCUUGAAUAGAAAGAGAUAUCUAGAGAGGCAUCUGUCACACUUCUGCAGGGUAACUCUUCAUUCUGCUGGUGAUAGCAUUAUCAAGUAAAGUAAGAUUGUCCAGAGCUGUGGAAAAUAAGAGAGAAGCAAUCUAUGGUUUCCUCCAGCUGCUCCUCCAUUGCUUGUCAGGAAGCAUCGAGUCAGAGUUGUUUCAAAGGAAGAAUCAAUUUGCUCCUAUAUGUGAGAGAGAAUCAAGUCAUGAUAGUUUUAUUUGAGAUUUCCACAAGGCAUUGAAAUAUCCGUGAAAAGUGAUUAGAAAGACUGAGAAAGAGGGGUUGUAGUGAAAAUGCAGUUUGAGCAGUAGUGUCAAAUGAAACCUAAACUUUAAGAGUCUAAUGUAUCCUACAGUACGUUAAAUGUUACGCUGAAUUAUCUCCACCUGAAGUUCUUCUCUGAACUUAAGGAAAGGCAAGACUGGAAAAGGCUUAAAAAAGCAGGAAUGUUGUCACCAUACAAUGCUACAAUUGUGGUGACUCAGGACGGGAGUUGGUGAGUAUGGAGAAAGGGAGGAAGGAUGAUGUUGUCUGUUUGAGAUGGUGGUGAGGGGAGCUUCCUAGAUGAAGGCCUGUUUCAGCAUACAGAAACCGCUUGUUCAUUGAGAUGUCAAGGUGCAUGUCCUGCUCCUUGACAGCAGUGCCCACCAAUUCUGGCUAUGUGCUGAAAUUGCACAAAGAUGCCAUCCUAAUAAACAAUGGUGGACAGUGACGUGUUUUUAAAAUGCUGAAAAAGCACAUUAAGUUGACGAAUAAACCUCUUCAUCACUAUAAGAAUCCCCUGAAAGUCCCUGGCUCUGCUUACUUGAGGUUGUUCUCUCAUCUUUCAUAUGGAUAUGAAAUUGCAACACAAAUAUUUGACUCAGCGAUGGCAUAUUUAUGUACUUUGCAUCAGAUUGCAACUUGUUCAUGCUAGAAUUUAAUGUUCAUACCAACUUCGGAGCGCUGCUCUCCAGUGGUAAGAGCAAACGGCAAGGAUAUUUUCACUUGUCAUAUUAUGUAAUAAUUUGAAUUGUAACUAUGUUCAAGGUAUUUUCAGAUGUUAUUUUUGUAUUGCUGAAACAUUACAGUAGUUGUUUAGUGAAGGGAUUUGUUUCUGAAGUGUUGACCCUUGUCAUCUCAUCACUGGAGGGAAAAUUAACAGUUACAAGUGUAUUGUGUGACAUUCAUAUAAAGUCUGUGUGUGUGCCUUUAGAAGGUAAAAUCUAGACUUUAAUCUGCAAGACUCUUCAUUGUGAAAACCAAGAGGAAACCAGGUGUUUAUUUUCAUCAUUUGUUCAUGGCUGUGACGUGUAACGUGAGGAGGUUUAACCACACAUAUAAUACAAGUGUGUCGUAUCUGGUGUGGAAGCAAGCGCUUGAUAUCGGUGCGUGGAUUCUGUCCCUGUUGCAGAUGAACUGUUUAAAUAGCGCUUCAUCCCCUCUUCAGUUACUGCGUUGCACUGUACUGGAAUUUGUUGUGAGUAUUGAGAGAUGCAAAGCUUUUACAUUUGCUACUUGGCUAUGUGUACAUUUUUUUUUUUUCAUUACGACCAAAUGUUACCAGACAGAACAUAACUGAAAUAAAACACAGUGGAGUAUUUUUAAUAGAAAAAGAAUGGUAGUGAGGAGUAUUAGAAUAACUGUACAUUAUGAGGUUUAUUUAUUUUUUUCAGUACUACUAUUUCUCACUGUUUGUUUCGUAUGCGCGACUACAGUGUCUGAAAUGUAAGAUUACCAUUUAUUUUAUGUUUGCAUAGCGUACAAUUAUAGGUGGCUUUGGUGA